GAAAUCUUUAACCACCAUUCCCAAAUUGUUCUACAACGACACUUUCCCUCCAUUUCCUUCCCAAUUCGCCAUCACAUCACCACCGCCAUUGCAGCCAUAAUCCGAUAUCCAUGGCUGCCGGAGUUCAAGAGAAAGACCUAGACACAGUGCGGAGGAGAGUUGCAUCGGUCAGCAACCACCUCCUUCCUCCCCCACCUCAUUCGAUUUCCCCAAUUAUAAGUUCCUCUAAUUGCAGCGCUUCCAUGAACGAUAGCUAUCAUCGGAUUCAUGGUGAAGUUCCAAGCCAUAUACCUGUUUGGAAAAUUUCGUCAGAUGAGUCUGGGAAGGAAUUCACUGACAUUAUUUACGAGAAAGCUGAAGGAGAAGCCAUUGCCAAGAUAACAAUAAACAGACCUGAGAGGAGAAACGCAUUUCGACCACAUACAGUUAAGGAACUAAUUCGUGCUUUCAAUGAUGCAAGAGAUGAUAGUAACAUAGGAGUCAUCAUUCUCACUGGAAAGGGAACCAAGGCUUUUUGUAGCGGCGGUGAUCAGGCACUUAGAAGUCAAGACGGUUAUGCUGAUUUUGAAAAUUUUGGCCGACUUAACGUUCUUGAUUUACAAGUGCAAAUUCGGCGUCUUCCAAAGCCAGUUAUAGCAAUGGUUGCAGGAUAUGCUGUUGGUGGAGGGCAUGUGUUGCAUAUGGUUUGUGAUCUAACAAUCGCUGCAGAUAAUGCUAUUUUUGGUCAAACAGGUCCAAAGGUGGGAAGCUUUGAUGCUGGUUAUGGGAGUUCGAUAAUGUCACGAUUGGUAGGCCCUAAAAAAGCUCGUGAAAUGUGGUUUUUGGCACGAUUCUACACUGCUCAAGAAGCAGAAAAGAUGGGAUUGAUCAACAUUGUAGUCCCUCUAGAAAAGCUAGAAGAGGAAACAGUUAAAUGGUGUAGGGAGAUCAUAAGAAACAGCCCAACUGCCAUUCGGGUGCUAAAAUCUUCCUUAAAUGCAGUCGAUGAUGGCCAUGCUGGACUCCAGGAAAUUGGAGGAAAUGCGACACUAAUUUUCUAUGGAACUGAAGAAGGUAACGAGGGAAAGACGGCAUACAUGGAACGUAGGCCUCCAAACUUUUCAAAGUUUCCUCGACGACCUUAACUUCAUUGAGUUUUCUUGAAUAAUAAUUAGUGUAUUUAUAUUGUUGUAUCAAUUAAUAUUAUUUUGCAAGAAAUUGUAACUAUAAUCAUUGCUCAUUGAAUGCGCAUUAAUUUUCUAUAAGGGUUAAAUGUAAUAAAUAGC